AUGCCGACACAAACCACUCCUUUACAAUCUUCUACUACGCGCAGGCGCACCAAUAAACUCACUAAAAAGCCUCCCUCGUCACGAGGAGCAGGCAACGACAAAGGUUCAAACGCUUUUCUCUCGACCCCGCUAGGAAACUUGAUAUUUUGGCUCUCGAGUGUCAUUCUAGUACUCGGUGCGCUGGCUUUGGUACCAGGGCCUGUUCAAGAUAGAAUACUCGUUGCUAUCGGAAACAAGGACGAACAGGCCGCAGGAGACUUUCCGACCAAGACGAAAAUACAGACCGACCGUGCAAAGAGAGCGGCUAUAUACCGUGCGUUCGAGCAUGCCUGGUUUGGCUACGAGAGGCACGCAUUUGGUGCAGACGAAUACCACCCGCUUUCCCAGACUGGCUCAAAUCUCACCAUGGCUGGGUCCGUCGGGUACACCGUCAUUGACUCACUUUCGACAAUGCUCCUCUUUUCCCUUUCAGAAGAUGGCGCCUCGAUCGGACCGUCCUAUAAACGUGCUCGAAAAUGGCUCAAAGAGGAGCAUACCUUUGACGUGGACGCAGACUACAACACAUUCGAGCUCACCAUUCGUCUACUCGGAGGAUUACUCUCUGCGCAUUGGGCAGAGUAUGAAAUUGGGAUCACGCCUGGCAGACGGAGCAUCGACGACGACGACGAAGAGGUCGACAUUUCUCCAACAAACUUGGCCGGCGACGCGCAGUCUGUCCUACGAAAAGCAAGCAAGAGAGACCAAGAGGAUGACUAUGACCCUUCGGAUAUGCUCUACUUACACAAAGCAGUCGACUUGGCAGAUCGACUGAUGCAUGCAUUCGAAACGCGCUCAGGUCUCCCUCUCUCGUACAUCAACCUCAAGACCCGCAAGGCAUCGAAAAGCGACCAAGAAAAUGGGCUAGCAUCCACUGCCGAGGUUGGCACUCUACAGCUCGAGUUUAGGUACCUUUCGCAUGUCUUGGCGAACCAACUCUAUCAAAUUCCUCCGAAUCAACUGAGCACUCUCGAAGUGCCGUCGUUCCUGAAAAACGAAGACGGUGAAAUUCGCACAAUAGACGAGCUGCGCUCGUAUUGGAAUGUCGUAGAGGGUGUCAUCAAAGUCACAAAGGAAGGGACUAUGGGCAGGCUACCUUCGGUGUUCAUCAAUCCGGAUGAUGGAGAGUUUAUCAUUUCGCCCAUUCGACUGGGGUCGAGAGGCGACUCGUACUUUGAGUAUCUACUGAAGCAAUUUCUUCAGACAGACAAACGAGAACCUGAAUUGCUGAGGCUAUGGGAUGAUGCAAUCGAUCAAAUACAUACUACACUGGAAAUGCGGACACCUCGUAGAAAUCUGUUGUACAUUGCGGAACUCAAUCCAGAAAAAGACGACGACGGACAGAUCACAUGGAGACGGGAACCAAAGCAAGACCAUCUCGCGUGCUUCCUCGCCGGCUCGCUCAUGCUCGGAGCGGCACAUACCAGAGGGAAGAAUGGAAAGGACGUUCCAAUCGCGAGCGUACCACCCAAGCUCGGGGAAUUUGAAGAUGGCGGGCGGGCAAUGAGGGACUGGCGAAUGGGCGAGGAUAUGCUCCGAGGAUGCUACGAGACACACAAGACAAAAACUGGGCUUGCGCCGGAAAUCAUUCAUUUCCGUACAAAGACGGAGCCGCAGUGGAUUACGGAUAAAGCCGAGGGAGAGUGGUACAUCCGUGGUGCUCCACCGCCGGCACCUCCCCCAAUCGAUGCCCGCUAUAUUCUACGACCGGAGAUUAUCGAAUCCAUCUUCAUUGCCUAUCGUCUGACGGCCGACCCAAAGUAUCGAAGAUGGGGUUGGCAAAUCUUCGAGUCUAUCGAAGAGCAUUGUAUGAUUCCUACAGGAGGAUACGCGGGCGUGAAGAAUGUUGACCAUCUCCCCGUCGAACACGAAGACAAGAUGGAGACAUUUUUCCUCAGCGAGACGUUAAAGUACCUCUACCUCUUGUUCUCGGACGAUUCGGUUCUCCCACUAGAAGACAUUGUCUUUAAUACAGAGGCACAUCCAUUCCCUCGUUUCGUUCCGGAUUGGGACACCGCAUUCAUGUAA